AUGAACUACUGGCCAGGUUGCCAAACUUCGACAUCUAAUUGGAAUUCAAUUUCACCAUCCAAUGGUUCCUCUCCUACAGCUUCCACAUCUUCCGCGAGUUCACUAGGCGAACAGAAUCAACUGGGUGGAUGGUUUGUAAAUGGAAGGCCCUUACCUAACCAUAUGAGACGAUGUAUUGUAGAAAUGGCCCAGAAUGGUGUUCGUCCAUGUGAUAUAUCUCGGCGGCUCAAAAUCAGUCAUGGAUGUGUUAGUAAGAUUCUGAAUCGUUUUUCGGAAAGUGGAACGAUACUUCCUGGAGCGAUCGGUGGUAGUAAGCCGCGAGUAACGACACCGAAGGUAGUUGAACAUAUUCGAUAUCUGAAAUGCUCGGAUCCCGGGUUAUUCGCUUGGGAAAUACGCGAUCGACUAGUUACUGAUGGCAUAUGCGAUCGAGCCAAUGUUCCAUCAGUAAGCAGCAUUAGUAGAAUACUACGUAACAAACCAAACGCUCAGAACCCUUCCCCUCCUCAUGUGACAAGUUACCAGAAAUGGCAACAGCCAGAAAUGAUGUUGCAAGCCCAAAUAAACGCUCAAAUGAGCUUAGAGUCGUACCUAACAUGCAUCCCGCCAGAUCCAUACCCCGCAGCUUACUCUCCCAUUCCAUGUUAUGAUCAAUUCGCUUCGAACAGCGCUUGA